GCAAGUCGCUCCCUUAUCAAACUCAACUUUCAUUUAUAUACUCGACCAGGUCGCUGGCAAUUCACCCGGAUGACAUGCUAACUAACAAUACGGCAUUUCGGGAGAAUUUGAUCUGCGGGGAAAUCCAGCCUUACUAUAGCAGUAAUUGAGCCUCGUGAUGUGUAGAUCAGUACUUUACGAAUGCUUUCCGAGUGGUCCCAUGCACGUCUCUCAAUGGUCUCGGGCUAUACGACUAUUUUGUGGCAAGUGUGGCUUGUUGUGGACCUGCGCCGGGUUCUCGGGGCAAUAAUGGUGCGGGGUGGAAUCCGGGGUACCACCUGGGCAUGGAGAAGUCGAUCUGUUCCGACCACUCAAGGUCUUGACACGUUCAUGACUGUCUCCAGGAACCUGGAGUCGGAUCCAUGGUGAGCUGAAAGCUUACUUGAAGGCUUGAAUCGGCAAGGAUGACGGUGGUGUUGCCUUGACUUUCCAGCAGAAUGUCUCCUUUUGCGACCGCAUGGCGCACAUCUGCAAGGGCACUCCAUAAGAGCUGUGAAUUUUGUGUAGCCUACCAAUCGACGUAGAAUUAUG